AUGAUUAACGCUCAUGAAUUGAGACAGAGCUGGUCGGUCGACAACAAGUUGGUCUUAGCAGACGGCACAGCCGACAAUUGCGCCAACAAGAAAAAAUACUACACGGUCGAGAACUUCGAGCGCGAGUUCAAAUUCGAGAAAUGCAAAAGCAUCACGUUCUACGAGGGCCAGGAAAUCGGAGACAAGUUUCUCAUGUCAGCGACGGGCUCCGGCCACAUAGCCGUGCCGGCCGGCGUCCUGCUCGUAGUGGAGGGUGGCAAGGCCAGGUGCGACUCCGCUGGCUCAAUCUUCGGCGGCGGGGGUAUCCGCGCUCCGCCCCCGAGCCGCGUCUCGGACUAUGCCCCCUCUUCGGCCGACUCCGGCUAUAGCGGUAGCUACGCGGGUGGCAACUCUCACCCUAGCCCGCCUCGCGAUAGGACCACCUUCAACCGUGCUCCUGGCUCCACCGUCAGUAUUAGCAACUGCAGCAUCGCUCCCAGCGAUAGCGCCAGCAACGUCGGCCGCCGCUGA